AUGGAGAUGGUGGUAGACGGCGGAGGAUCAGUGGCGGAGCUAAUCACAGUUCUAGAGCAAGCAACCCUAACAGCGAAGCAGCUCCCAACCACCACCGAUCCUUCCCAAAUCCUCCGACUCCACUCCACCCUCCACUCCGCACACCAUCACCUCUCCCUCUUCCUCUCCCAACCUCAAAACAACCCGCCGGCCGAGAACUCCGUCUCCUCCGCCGUCAGCGGCGGCGAAAACGAAACCGACCCGAUGCAAUUGGAGGGAGAAGAGCAUAAUUCCAAGGUCUCCGUUGAUGCUGUUGAGGAGCGCAUGAGGGAUUGUUUCAUCCAGAACAAGAGGCCCAAAAGGCCACUCUCACCCGCCGCCGCGGCGGAGCCGCCGCAGAGCUAUGAGAGCGAGGUUGCCCGGAGUGGUUCCGCGGCGGAGUUUGAUCCUAUUGGUACCAAGCUGAGAUCUUUAGAUCUUAUAUAUCAGUUCCAUGCUUAA